AUGUGCCGAUGGAUAUUGCUGUUCGGCUUCUGGAUAUCCAACAGGUGGUGUGGAACGACCCAAGAUUACUGCACUUCGCCUGAUUGCCAAAUCACUUACGGGCCAGCCUGCGAUGGCAACAAAAGACCCAGCGGCGCUGACACAUCCAACGACCCGAGACCUUUGAAGGGUUCCAUUCCCUAUGGCGGCGUUGGUAUCUACAGCUGUGUUAAUGAUGGUGACGUUGCCAUCACUUACGAUGACGGUCCUUACAUCUACACGGCGGCCAUGUUGGAUGCCUUCAAGGCACACGGUGCUGUUGCUACCUGGUUUAUAACUGGCAACAACAUUGGAAAGGGUAUGAUCAAUGUAGCAUACUCGGGUCUUAUUCAGCGCAUGAUUGCCGAGGGCCAUCAGGUUGCCAGCCACACAUGGUCGCAUGAGAACCUGGAUGCAAUGAGCACAUCCCAGCGCAAACAACAGAUGGUAUAUAACGAGAUCGCCUUUAACGACAUUCUCGGCUUCUAUCCUACCUACAUGCGCCCUCCUUACUCCAAAUGCGCAGCUGAUUGCGAAGCACAAAUGGCUCAACUCGGAUAUCACAUCACUUACUUCGAUCUGGAUACUCAGGGAUAUCUGCACACCGACCCCAGUCAGAUCGGAGUCAGCGUAGCCCUAUGGGAUGCAGCUAUGCAGGCUCGCUCGCCCUGUAACGCUAGCUACUUGCACAUCGAACACGACAUUCACCAGCAGAUCGCGACGACACUGACAAACCACAUACUAGACUCCGUUGUUGCCAACGGCUGGAACGCCGUAACCGUCGGGACGUGCCUGGGUGACCCCCCCGAAAACUGGUACAGGGGCAACGUCCCCAGCUACAACUUCAACAUUACCGCCGUCAGCGCCCCAGUCUGCUCCGCCACAGCUACAGCAUUGGCCAACUCUUUGCUAAACUCGACCGGCACCGUGGCCUCUGUUGGCGCUUCCGCCACUGCACUAUCGAACCUGUUGACCAUUUCCAAUGACGGCAACUGUGGCACUGGAGCUGGCAAGACCUGUCUAGGUUCUGCUUUUGGAAACUGCUGUUCCAAGAAUGGCUACUGUGGUAGCACCGAUGACUAUUGCGGCGCCGGUUGCCAGUCUGGCUUUGGCAACUGCACCGUCGCCGCUUCCACGGGCCCUGUGAUCAACGGCGACGGAAGCUGUGGCCCCAAGUAUAACAAUGGCACCUGUCUCGGCUCGGCUUUCGGAAACUGCUGCUCUCAGUACGGCUACUGUGGUAGUACCACUGACCACUGCGGCACUGGAUGCCAGUCUGGUUUCGGAUCCUGUGCGGGCAUUGCUUCCAUUUUCCGACGUGGCUUGUUGAUCUGGUUACUAACUGUGAUAAAAAACAGGUCAAUCUUCCUCAUCCGCGGCUACUCCGCUCUUGAAUCUUGCGCCCACGUCAUCCCUCGACCCCUCGUCUAUUUCGUCUCUCAGCAGCACGUCUCCUUCAUCAUCCAGUACCGCGGCUACUCCGCUCUUGAAUCUUGCGCCCACGUCGUCCCUCAACCCCUUGUCUAUCGUGUCUCUCGGCAGCACGUCUCCCUCAUCUUCUAG